AUGGUUGAAUCAUCUGCUUCUUCGUCAAGUCUAGUUUCAGUUAAUUCACCAUCAACAUUUCCUUUUUUUAAAUGUACUUUUUUGGAUAAAGAUACAGAUCUGAAUGAAAUACCAAUAUGGAAUAAUGAUUUUGCAAUAUUACUUUCAUAUUGGCUUCAACAAAGAGCUAAUCAUGAUGAUAUUUUUGGAAGUUUUCGUUGGGCAAAUGCAAAUACAAAUAGUUUAGGUGAAGUUGAUCUUAUAACUGAUGCUGAGCAUAUAAAAAAAUUACUUAAAGUAUCAUUUAAUAAACAUAGUCAAAUAUCAAUGAUUGUACAUCGUUUAGGUCGAACUAUACUUCUUGAUGAAUUUGAUGUACAUUCACAUUUAUUACGUCUUGAAAAAAAUGAAUGGACAUGGUUUCGAGAUUUUUUUCUUGAUAAUAUUCUACGUAAUAUAUCUGUUAAACAUAUUUAUAAAAAAAAUAAAACACGUGAUGAACUUAUACGAAAAGAUCGUUUAGUUAAAUUUUUAUGUCAAAGUGUUGAAUUACCUCAUUUAACACGUUUAAAUUCAACAAAUAAUGAUGAAUGUCAAACAUCAACAAAUGAAAUAACUGCUGAAAAACUUCUUCAACAAAUAAAAGAACUUGUUAAUGCAAAUAAUUAUAUUGAUGAUGAUCAUAAUCAUACAAAUUUAACUUCAUCACCAUUUCAACGAACAGUUAAUUGGACAUUUGAAAAUAUGAAAAUGUUAAUUGGUUCAGAUUUACCAAUUUUUGGUGAUGAACAACAUCCAGCUGUUAGUUUACGUUUAAGAGAUAUGAAUAAACCUAUUAAUGUUUUAACUGGUAUUGAUUGUUGGCUUGAUAAUUUAAUGUGUAAUGUUCCUGAAUUAGCUAUGUGUUAUCAUGUUGAUGGUAUUGUACAAUCUUAUGAAAUAGUUAAAACUGAAGAAUUACCAUAUCGUGAAGGUUGUGAAUUUCCACCGGAUAUUAUACGUGAUUUAGCUACAAAUCUUCUUUCAUUUCUUAAAGCAAAUGCAACUAAAGAAGGACAUACAUAUUGGUUAUUUAAAGGUCCUGAUGAUGAUAUUGUUAAAUUAUAUGAUUUAACAAGUUUAUGUGAUACAAAUCGUGAUGAUAAUCCAUAUACAUUACCAGUUGCUACUUUAUUCUAUAAAAUGGCUCAUAAUAUGGUAUCAAAAUCUGAUCAUGAAACACGUUCAAAAGAAUCUGGUACAAUACGUACAUUACUUAAACAUUGUUUAGAUAUGCUUAAUCCAGAAAAAUUUCCUGAAUAUCAUUGUGCUGCUGCAUAUAUGAUGUCUGAUCUUUAUAUUGAUGAUAAUGUUAGUGAACAAAGUUGGACAUCAGAUGGAAGUGAUAUACAAGAUCCAGAUUCAUUAAAUGAUGAUUUACCAUUUGAACAAGAUAAUGAUUCACAUUCAUAUACUUGUGUUGAUAUUAAAACACUUACACAACCUCAACAACAUCGUUUUCGAAAACAUCCUGAUGUUGAACGUUUAGCACCAAUUCAUGGAAAUUUAGAUAAACGUGCAACAGAAGCUUUAAAAUACUUAGUUGAAGCUCUUCGAAGUAAUACAAUACAUCGUCGAGUUCAAGCAACUACUAAUUCUGAUCAAACAAAUGAACAAGAUAAAUCAUCAUCAACAACAACAAUUAAUAAUGAAAAAUCAAAAGUUAUUGUUCCAUUACCUUAUCAAGGAACACGACAUUCAUCAAAAAUUUUAAUUGAUAAUAAAAAUCAUUUAACAAAUGAUAAACGUUUAAAAUCAAUUAUUUUACAUAAAGCAGCUGCUGCUUAUUUUUGUCUUGUUGAUCGUAAUGAAAAAGAAAAAAAUUAUGGUUCUUGUUUACGUUAUCUUCGAUUAGCACUUAAUUGUUAUAGUGCAGAAUUAAAACUUCAAUCUAUGGAUCAUAAUAAUAGUAGUACAGAAUGUAAAAAAUUAUUAUCAUAUAUAAUGAGUAUUGCUGGUGAUUGUCGAUUAAUGAUUGCACAUGUAACAUCAACAGAAGAAGAAGAAAAACAUCGUGAACAAUAUUAUAUAAUGAAUGAUGUUGAUCUUGAAAUUCAAAAAGUUAUUGAUGAAGUUGGCAUUAAUGCUAAUUCUUCAGAAUUUGCAUGGGUUUCAGAAUUUACAACAAAUAUUGAUCGUAAUCUAUUUGCUAGUGUACAUGCUUAUGAAUAUGCAAUAAAUAUAGUACGAAAUCUUGGUGAUCAUGAAAAAAAACGUUUACAUUUAUUAACAAAACGUUUUGGAAAUGUUAGAAAUGAAAUGGGUGUUUAUUGGAUGAAUAAAUGUGCAGAAGCUGUUAAAAAUUUAGAUCAAGAAGCAGCAAAAGAAAUAAAAGAUCAAUUUCGAAAAAGUUUUGAAAGUUUUGAUGCUGGUAUUCAAGCAUUUGAAAAAAUAAAUGAUAUAUCAAAUAUUGCAUUAUUACAUUCAAAUCUUGGACGUUUAAUGAGAUAUUAUGCACAAUUUUAUGUACCUAUUGUAAAUGGUAUUCGACAAGAAUUUUCUCAACAAGAACGACAAAGUUAUCAAAAAGCAUUUGAUUAUUAUCUUCGAGGUUUAAAAUUAGUUGAAAAUCGUAUUGAUUUACAUGAAGUUUAUCGUACAUUAUCAUGGGAAUUAUCAAAUACUUAUUUUACAAUGGCAACAUCACUUCAAGAUUAUGCACCAUUAAGUACAAUGUCACAAGAUGAUAUUGAAAAAGAAAUUAUUGAUUGUAUGACACGUGCAUUAAAAUAUCUUGAUGUUGAACUUAAUACUUCAUCAUCAGAUCGAUAUUCUCUUGCUAAAUAUCGAGCUGCUACAAUUCAUCAUCGUUUAGCUUCAUUAUUACAUAAUACUUUUCGUGCUCAAAAUAAUGUAACUCGUCGAAAACGUUUACGUGCAUUAGCAUCAUUACAUUAUCAAAAAGCUUUAGAAUUAUUUUCACCAAAUGAUAAUCCACUUGAAUAUUUACGUCUUUUAAUUGAAGAAGUUGCUUUAACAGAUUUCGAACUUCAAAAUGCAACAGAUAAUCCAUCACGUUUAAAAUAUUCUCAACAAGGUUUACGUGCAUCAUUUCAAUGUCAAGAAUGUGUAGGUAUUAUUGAACAACAUCGAACAAGUUCAGAUCCUGAUGAUUAUAAUGAAACAUUUUCACAAGAAGCACAACGUCUUUUAUCAAUAUUAAAUGGACGUAUACAAACAUUUCUUAAAGAAAUGGUUAAAAUAUAUAAAAUAACAAAUAAUAAAAAAGUCAUAUAUGAAGAUUAUAAAGAAAUGUAUAGUAUAUCAUUACGAAUAAAUGAAACAUCAAUAACAUUUUCAAAAGAUUUAUAUGAUGCAAUUGAACGUUUAAAAAAGAUUUAUGAAAAAAAUAAUAGUGAUUAA